AUGGAACAAUUACAAAUCUCUACUCUUAAAGGAUCCAGCCCUCUUGAUAAGGAAUUGUUUGUCCAAAAUGAGCUGGCUGCUCUUGAGGAAGCUGAAAACAUGUUUUUAAAACAAAAAUCCAAAGUUAGGUGGCUUAAGGAGGGGGACAAGUGUACCAAGUACUUCCACUCUGUCAUUGUAAUAAAAAACAAAAAAUAUACCUUCAGGGUUCUUAUAAAUGCUCAGGGAAAUCUUGAGUCUAUUGAUGGUAUCAUUUCUGUUUUAAAUCACUUCUAUGAAUUGUCUGGGCUCAAACUUAAUGUAAGCAAGACUGAACUUUUUGCUGCUGGUAUUUCACCUCGAAAUCUUGAAGUUAUUCACUGCAUUUCUGGUUUCAAGCAAAGUCAUCUACCUGUAAGGUACUUGGGAGUUCCCUUAAUCACAAAGAAACUGUCUGAUAUUGACUGCCAACCUCUUCUGGACAAAAUUAAGCUAAGAUUAUACCAUUGGUCUAGUAAGAUGCUUAGUUAUGCUGGAAGACUGGAAUUAAUUAAAACAGUUAUGUACAGUGUGGCUAAUUAUUGGUGUAGGCAAUUCAUACUCCCUCAAUCUAUAAUCAAUCGUAUUAAUCAGUUAUGUUCACGUUUCCUUUGGAAAGGAAAUGAUCAUGCAGCUAACGGGGCUAGGAUUAUACAAAAGAUUCUGGCAGGAGAAGGCUCACUUUGGGUAGCUUGGUUAAACUAUUAUGUUCUCAAGAAUUCUAACUUCAUGGACAUGUCUGCUAGUAAUGCUCAUAGCUGGAACAUUAAGAAACUUCUGAAGCUUCGUUUUUAUGCUCGUUCUGUUUUAAAUGCUGGAACAAAAAAUACCAAGGACAUUUGGGAAGCUAUCAGAGAAAGAAGAAGUAAGGGAGUAAGAAUGAAAACAAAUUGCAGUCAUGAACAAUCCAUUGAUAUGCAAGGGAUGGAGGAAGGGGACGAAAGAGCGAGGGAGAAGACGGGAGGAUCGAUGAAACUUUGUUGGGAGGUUGUUAACGUUACGCAGUUCGUUCGUCCUGGUACCGAUAGCUUUGCCAGUCUAUCUGCUACCGUGUUGCUACUUCUAGAAAUGUGGUUAUUGAAACAUGCAAUUCCUUCCUAA